AUGUGCUCACAUUGUAAUCAUUUCAAUGACGCAAUUAGAGAAUACUCAUAUCCCAGUAAUCUUCUUUGUGAUAAGGCAGCCAUUGUAACUGGAGGGAGAAUCAAGAUUGGUCUUCAAACUGCUCUCGUUUUGUUGAGGUUGGGUGCGAAAGUUAUUGUUACUACUAGAUUUGCAUCUGACGCUCUGUUAAAGUUUAAGAAAUGUAAAGACUUUUCUGAGUGGUACGAUAGAUUAUUGAUAUACCCACUAAAUCUCAAAGAUGGAAAGUCAGUUAUUGAUUUCACUCAAUAUAUCAAGAAGAAUUUCAAACAAAUCCAUAUAUUAAUUAACAAUGCUGCCCAGACUGUAAAACGGCCACUAGAAUACUACAAAUCACUGUUAAAGUCUGAACAAAAGUACCUGACCAAAAGUGAAGAAAGUGCCAUGCCAAUUAUUCAUGAAAAUGAUUCAAACCUUAUCGAGAAAUCUAUUGAAAUUACCAAGUCAACUGAAACCAGAUUAGAUGAUGCGUCAUUGACUUAUGAUUACUUUCCUAAAGGUGAAAAAGAUAUUUGGGGAGAACAAGUCGAUUAUAGGCCUACAAACUCUUGGAAUGAGAAGCUUUCUGAUGUAUCCGUCACUGAAAUUGUAGAAUCUCAAAUGAUUAAUACCGUUUCUCCAACCAUUCUAGCUUCAGAGUUGUUUGAAAUUAUGAAACCAUCAUAUGAUGACAGCCAAGAUUUAGAAGAAAAUGACAUCCAUCAUUCAGUUCGUUUUGGGCAUAGUUUUAUAAUCAAUGUCACUUCUCAUGAGGGACAAUUUGAGACGAGUGGGAAAUCUGAUAGUCAUAUUCAAACCAAUACUAGUAAGGCAAGUCUAAAUAUGCUAACGAGGAGUUGCAGCGAAUAUUAUGCUAGAAAUGGAAUUUUGGUGAAUAGUGUAGAUACUGGUUGGGUAUCCUCUGCUUUACCUGCAUAUAGAGCUCCUCCUCUUACUGAUCUUGAUGCUGCCUUCAGAGUUCUGCACCCUAUCCUUUCUGGAAGUUUCAAGUAUGGAAAAUUAUACAAGAAUUACAAAGAGGUUGAUUGGUAG